GCCACGCUCGGGGGUCACGUGGUUCGUGACGUCGCACGUUUCCCGAUUGAUCAAUGUGAAGACUGUCAAGUAGUUCGUUUUUCCUUAACUUUAUCGCUUCGGUUACAAACAAAUACAAUCAUGGAAAUCGGGGCUGAAAUCAGCAAGAAAAUCCGAGCUGCGAUUAAAGGCAAACUGCAGGAGCUGGGAGCUUACAUAGAUGAGGAGCUGCCUGACUACAUCAUGGUGAUGGUUGCCAACAAGAAAACCCCCCAGCAGAUGACUGACGACCUCUCCCUGUUCCUGGGAAACAACACCAUCAAGUUCACAGCCUGGCUAAAUGGUGUCCUGGAGAAAUUAAGAUCCGUUGCUGCAGAACCUGGAUCCCUGAGGCAGCUGCACUCUGACACGGUCACAGUGGCAGGAAAGAGCGAAUUGUCUAUUUGUGAAAAUGGCAGAGCAGAGAAGGUGUUGACAGUGUCCAGCUCCCGCUCUGAUAGGACUGAAGCUAAAGUGUCCAGUUCUGCUCAUGAAAACAGGAAAGAGAUCCUGGAAAAAGGCUCUUCUCGACUUACCACAACUAUUAAGCCCUUCCUGGAGCACUUUUCCUCCGAUGCUGUAAUCGAUAUCAAACCAGAAAUGGAUUACGAUCUUAUUGCUGAGGAACCCGAAGAGAUCGGGAACAGCCACGGUCAUAAACACGGUGUAGUAAGCGGCAAGUUUACAUCAGCAAGCUCGGUGGACAUGUGUCGACCCCUGGAAGGUUCCUCUUACAUCCGGCAUCAGGAAAGCAGGAGCAGCAGGAUGUCCAGAGCUGAAACCAGCAGGCAGGAAGAGUUUUCACGGAAGCGAAAAGCACCAGUAGCAAGUUCUGUGGUGAGAGUGAACAAGGCAUUAGAUGAAGACAGUGAUGACGCUGAAGAAGACGAAGCAAACUACGGUGGAAGAGGCCUGUCCAGUCGAGUGUCCCUCCCCUCCAAACUAGAACGGAAACCCACUCUGCCACCAGGCAAGCAAGCAAGCAGAAAUCUGAUCCUGAAGGCCAUCUCGGAGGCACAGGACUCGAUAACCAAAACUACAGCUUACCCAACGAUGCCACAGAGGCAGACCGUUCCCGUGGCACCUCGUACUCGCUUGGCCAGCAGUGAAGAGAUGAGUGCAGCCAUCCAGCUGGUUCAAGAGCAUCUGCACAGCCUGGACCCCAUAGUGCAAGCCUACACGGCUUCAGAUGUACCUCCCACCAGAACGACCGCUCCAACCAGAUCGUUAGCGUCACGUCUUCAGCUGGAAAGCAAUGAUGAGAGAGAAACGAAUAAAUACGGUGUGGAAGUCAUUACCGGCUCUGAGCCAAAGAAGUUUGAUACUCGUUCCUUCAUUAUGAGUCGACCGGUUCUGGAAGAAUCUUCUGUCAUAAGUCGGCAGCAGGUCCAGCCCGCGUUGGCACGCAGCAUCCAGACCAGGGAUGGAAACGACUCUGCCAGCCCCAAGUUCAUUGUGACAUUAGACGGGGUACCAAGUCCGCUGGGUAACCUUGCAGACGGAGACAUGGAGCUCGAUGAUGUGAAACCACCUACCAAGGUUACUGAGAGGGUUGGCCAUGUCCACAGAAAGUCCAAAGUCAGCAUCCUUCACAGGCUACAGGGACCGAUUACACCAAUAGAAGAUGAUGAGAUGGAGAUUGAAAUGGGAGAGGAGGACGCCAUCCCUGUUAAGAAACAAAAGGCUAUGGAGCGCUGCAAGUUCUGGCCAGUCUGUAAAAGUGGAGACGAGUGUCUGUACCAUCAUCCAACAACACAGUGCAAAACUUUCCCCAAUUGCAAGUUUGGGGAUAAAUGCCUGUUUGUGCAUCCUAAUUGCAAGUACGACGCCCGUUGUACCAAGCCCGACUGCCCCUUCACUCACGUCAGCCGCAGAAGCAGCGUUGCUCCUCCACCCAGACCAGCAGUACCGCCAGUGCAAACGACGAGUGUGUGUCGCUUCUUCCCAGACUGCAAAAAGAUGGAUUGCUCAUUUUAUCAUCCCAAGCCUUGUCGCUUUGCGGCACAGUGUAAACGAGCCGGAUGUACCUUCUACCAUCCAACCACAGCUGUGCCUCCACGACACGCCCUGAAGUGGACGAAAGCACAGAGCAGCUAAUCGUGUCCAGAGUUUGGACGAUACUUGAUGGUCAACAUGUGAAUCGGUGGAAGACGUUCUUCAUCGGUGUUUCUGAAAAGUUGCUUCUACAGUCAACCGUUAUUUCAUUUUGUUUUAAUGUAUUGUUUGGGAUGAUUUUUAACAAGCGUUUUGUAAGGUGAAAGGAUGAUUUUUUGCUGAAGCACUCAGAAGAUUAAAUACUUGAGAAGUACGUUUAUAUUUAUUUUAUGUCAUCUUUUGUUUCAUGAUCUUUGAAAUUGAUGGUGGUGAUUUAUGUAUGUUUUUUUAAGUCACUAACGACAGUGUUUGAGUCUUUUUCUACUCGAGGAUAAGCUCAUGUUGAAACCACACAACAGUAACUAGCAAUCAAUCAUAAAAUAAUGGUAUGAUAAUGCUCCCGCCAUGUUUUUAUAAACCUGCUGAUCACUUUUCUCAUUAUCACAUUUCAAGUUUCUCAACAUUUAGUGAUUCAUAUUUAUUUAUUUUUAAAUAAAAUCAGGAUUUAGCUGUGAAAGGCAUUGGAAACAA